AUGGCCAAAGGAAAUACUAAUGCACUUGCUCUUGCUAUUCCCAUCUUUACUGGGGAAAAUUAUGAUGUUUGGAGUAUUAAGAUGAAGACAUAUUUUUUGUCCCAAGACUUAUGGGACAUUGUUAAUUAUGAAAAUUAUUUAGAGAUCACCGGCUCCACUCUAUUUGAAGAAUAUCAGAAGCAGUUGAAAGAAAGUAAGAAAAAUGAUGCAGCAGCACUUUUCAUCCUUCAACAAGCGGUGGAUGAUAAUAUUUUCCGCAAAAUUUCUCGUGCUCAGAAGGCGAAAGAAGCAUGGGACGCUUUGAAAGAAGAGUUCACAGUGCAAGGCAAAUCAUAUUGUGGAGUAUCUACUGGAUCGGAUGUCAGUGCAUCAAUGUUUCUGAAAAAUAAAGAAGGUAACACUGUUCUUUCCAUUGCUGCAAUUGUUGGCAAUGUCCAAGCAGCCUGCAUGAUAAUGAAGAAAGAUGAAAAUCAAACUUUAAUUCAAGAUUCAAACAAGUCUAAAAGGAUACCUUUGAUUGAGGCCACUCGACAUGGCCAAAAGAAGAUGAUCAACUAUUUAUUGCAAUUCAGCAGCAAUUAUUUGGACUAUGAUUCUGCAACACGUUUUACAUCGGGCGUUCUUUUAGUAAAGUUGCUUAUAACUGCUGAAUUUUAUGGUGGCAGGGCUUUUGUGAACAAGUCAGCUAACUGGUCUGAAGAGGAGCAUGGCAUGAGAUGGAUCAAACCAGCUUGA